AUGGAAGUAUUUUCGAAUAUUUAUGUGAUUGGAGAUAGGACGCCUCUUCCAGGUCCAGCAGAUUAUACAGUAUCACGUGCCUUUACAGAUAAAAAGGGUAUUUCUAUUUCUCCCCGCUAUUCUUUUUCUACAUCUCGUCCAGACCCAUAUUUGGUAAAUUUAAAGAGUACAUUAGGUGAUGGUCCCAAAGUAACAAUUAGUCCACGAUAUAGAGAUCUCAGAAGAGAUGAUGUUCCUGGUCCAAACUAUACUCCUCCACCAUUUGGACAAGUUACAGGCAUAAGGUUCCCACGUGCGAAAUCUCCUCGUGCACCUAGAAAUCCGAAUCCAAGUCCACAAGACUAUCGUCCCAUAUAUGAAACAGAUGUCGGAAUUAGAAAAAACGUUAUGGCAACAAUUGGGACUGCAAGACGCCCAUCAAUAUUCAAUGGAGAUCCUUCAACACCUAGCGCAGGAAAUUAUAAUCCUAGAUUUAAAUAUAUUUACAACGAUUCUCCAAGAAUUUCGAUAGGACAUAAGUAUAAAGAGCGCAAGAAGGAUAGAACAGGUGAGUAUGUUGCUCCUCGAACAACUUUGAGUGCUAGAAGAUGCGAUUUUGGCCGAGGAUCCGGAAGAGUUCCUAUAAUGCAUUAA